AAAGAGCGCAAAGGCAGCGGCGAGGCAGCCAGCCUGCGGAGGGGGCAGCAGCGGGAGCCGCCUGUGCCCGAGGGAGGAGGCGCCCGCCCCUGGCACCAGCCCGGACCGGAGGGCGGCGGCGGCGGCGGCGAAGGAGCAGGCGGCCGGGAGGAGGGCGGCGCCGCCCAGCAGGCUCCCGGGGGUGGGUCCCCUCGCCAGCCCAUGUGGUGGCGGCGGUGGCCAGAGCAGGGCAGGAAGCGGGGGGGAGAGCGGCGGCGGAGCGGGGGCGCAGGAGCACAGCCAGGCGGGCCCCCCUGAGCCCGGAGCCGGCCGAGCAGGAGCGCAGCGCCCCUCGCAGAAAGUUCCUGCCAACUUCGGAAAGUUUUGGGCCGGCGAGGCGGGGCGCCCGGGCGGGCACGGCGAGGGCUGCCCCGGGGCGAGGGGCGUCCCCGCCGGCCUCCCCCCCUCCCCCGAGGGGAUGCGCUGCCCGGGGGGCUCCGGGGGGCUCCCUGCGCUCGCCGCCGUGGCGCUGCUGCUGCUGCUGCUGCUGCCGUCGCCCGGGCUGCGGCGGGCGAGCGCCGGCGGGGCGGCGGCGCCGUCGGAGCUGCGGGUGCGCGUCCGGCUGCCCGACGGGCAGGUGACCGAGGAGAGCCUGCAGGCGGACAGCGGCGCCGACUGCAUCAGCCUGGAGCUGCGCAAGGGCGACGGGACCCUCCUCACCCUCACCGCCGACUUCAAGCAGGAGGUGAAGAUCUUCCACGCCCUCAUCCUCGGGGAACUUGAGAGGGGCCAGAGCCAAUUCCAGGCUCUUUGCUUUGUCACUCGGCUCCACCGGAAUGAAAUCAUACCCAGCGAGUCCAUGGCCAAGCUACGGCAGAAAAACCCCCGGGCCGUACGGCAGGCUGAGGAGGUGCGUGCCCUCGAGCACCUGAGCAUGGACGUCGCCGUCAACUUCAGCAAAGGGGCCCAGCUCAGCUCCCACAUCUACAACGUCUGCUCAGAGGCCAAGGAAGCCAUCUACACCCGGGAGGAGGAUGUGAAGUUCUGGCUGGAGAAAGGGGUGGACGGCUCCAUGUUUGAGGUCUUGCCCCAGUCGGCCGACCUGCCGGACCUGCAGCGGUGCCGGCUCUGUGUGGAUCGCUGGAAGCCCUGCAUCUGCACCUACUCGCUGAGCAUCGAGUGGUACCCCUGUAUGCUCAAGUACUGCAAGAGUCGUGACGCCUCCGGGAAGGUCUCCUCCUACAAGUGUGGGAUCCGCAGCUGCCAGAAGGGCUACAGCUUCGACUACUACGUGCCUCAGAAGCAGCUCUGCCUCUGGGACGAGGAAACCUAGCAGGUCCUCCGGGCGGCCGUGCUGGUACCACCGGCCCCUCUGCUCCACCUUCCUCCGUGUUGACCUGGGUCUUGCGACUGAGCCGGCAGCCUGGCCAAGGAGGGAAGAGGAAGGGUUGGACCUGGAGGGGCUCCCGUUCCGUGAAGGCUUGGCCUCUCUGUCACAUUGGCUUCCCAGCCGUAACUCCCUCGGACUUGUGGAAGGGGACUCCCGAGGAGAACGAGUUGGGGAGGCCGUGGGGACGAGAGGUUUCCUUCGAGCACAGCCUGCUGUGGGCAUUUCCUCAGCCCGAGCGCGGGAAACGUUCGCAUUUCACCUCUGGACCGAAAAGCAUGAACUGAAAGGAUGCCGGCAACUCGGUUUGGAUCCGUGAGUGGAGAGAGCCAAAGAGCCACACCAAGAGAGCUGUUCUUGCUGCAGCCAAGAAGCUUGAGGGCAAAAGGUGACCUGGGUAUCUUUUGGACCCUGGAGAAACACUGUCUCACCCUCUUUAGUGCCCACGUAGCCUUGGGAGCUCCGGAAUAACAGGGUUGGCUUUGGGAAGCUAAUCCCUCUCCUGCAAGCAUUUACCAAUCCUGACGAACACGAGAACUCAACGCUUGCUUGCUUAUGAAGAUGCCUUAUACUGAGUCAGCCUAUCAGCCUGUCUCACGCCUAGUAUUGCCUACUCUGACGGGCAGCAGCUUUGCGGGAUCAUAGAUCUCUCAUCGCCUGCUGUCUGAGCCUUCUUUAAGUGCCAGUGCUGGGGACUGAACCUGGGACCUUCUGCAGGUAGAGCACUCUGCCCCUCAGCUGACCCCUUCCCCCUAACCAUGAGGAAGCAAUGCAGCCCCUACAGGGUUCGGCCGCAUGGGCUCUACCCACCAUGUCCUGCGAUCAACAGGGGAAUGAAGGAGUGCCAUUACGCCCUGUGCCUCAAUUCUGAUUGGCUUCUGGUGCCAGGGAAGGGGACGCUGAUCCAUCGAGGAACCCGCCUUCUAGUUUCCGAUUGGCUCCCCAGUGAACAGGCCGAGCCAUGGUUCCAGCAAGACAACCUUUCUCUCUCUAGACCUCCAACCUCGCUCACUUUCCUCAACUGCCAGCCGAGGGUUAGUGGACAGCGCGAACCGGAGCCGCUGGAAACCGCAGAGGCCUGGCCACUUCCUCGAGAUCCGUGCCUUCCUUCUCCAGUGCCUUCUUUUUUCAUUGACUGAGCUUGUCCAUGCAUUUGGGACUGCCCCCAGAGUGCGACUGGGUAGGAAGGUAGUCCCUGUUGGAAAGUUCCUCCAGCAAUCGGAGCUGGGGAGCAAGGAGUUGGGAGGAGGUAGGUGGCCAGGCUGCAACGUGGGGGUCAGAAAUGCCACCUAGAGCCAGUGCCACCCGCUCCUGAGCAAAACUCAAAGGUAUGGGGUGGGAUGGGAGUGUGCCCUUCAGCGACAACAUCUCACGUGGCGGACUUGUGGCACAUUUGCCACAAGUGUGGGCUCCAUCCCCACCAGCUCUCAGGCAGCGGUUCCCUGCUGUUAGACCUCAGUUUUCCUGAUCUGUAAAAUGGGAGGGAGAGAGCCUAGGCCAUCUUAUGAAAUGAAAUCCAAGACUUAGAGGACCCAAUUAUGCCGGAUUCCCCCCAUUUCACUGCAUGGAGGCAGAAGAAGACCUUUUACCAGUAAAAGCUGUGUUUUUGGCUUUUAAAAGCAUUAUUUAAAGCAUUUACGGCUUAAGGUGCAUGCAUUGCAACUCGGUACACCAGUUAUUGGAGUCAUCCUACUAAACAGGGAGGAGAAUUGGAUCACACAACCCAAAGUGUGCGGUUGAAGUGGCCAUCGGUGCAUCCACCUGUGGCAGAAAUUAGGUCACAAACAUAUGAAGCUGCCUUGCGCUGAGUCAGGUUAUGGGUCCAUCUCGUCUGAUGUUGUCUACACUGACUGGUAGCUGCAUCCCAGGGUUUCAGAGGGAGGUCUUUCCCAUGGCAUUGCCCUGUCUGGAAGUGCCGUGGGUUGAAUCUAGGACCUUCUGCUUGCAGAACAGGCUCUACUCUGGAACGAAGGCCCUUCCCUUCAAAAUGACUGAAUGUUUACGGGUCAUCCCGAAAUAUAUAUUUACAGAGUGUUGCCAUAUUUUUUUUUCUCGCAGGUCUCUUGUUCCCUAAAUGUAAAGUUGUGCCGUUGAGUUGGUGUCAACUCCUGGCGCCCACAGAGCCCUGUGGCUUUCUUGGUAGAAUACAGGAGGGGUUGACCAUUGCCUCCUCCCGUGCAGUAUGAGAUGAUGCCUUUUGGCACCUUCCUAUAUUGCUGCUGCCUGAUAUAGAUGUUUCCCUAUACCUAUAUAGGUGUUUCCUAUAUAGGUCUAGGAACACAUAUAGGUGUUUCCUUCAUAGUCUGGGAAACAUACCAGCCGGGAUUCGAACCAGCAGCCUCUUGCUCACUAGGCAAGUUAUUUCCCCACUGCACCUUUAGGUGGCUGUCUUUUGCCCCUAACAGGCAGAAAUUCAAGAGGUGGCAGCAUUUCCAGCUAGGAUGGGGCAGCUUUCCCUGUUUGAUUUUUGCCUAAAGGCAGGAAAAGGGUGUCCAUUGUAUUUGCAAACCGCCUCUUUAACUGGCUCCUUCUGCUGCCUGCACGCCCUUCUUUCUUUGCUCAGCUGCAGACAUUUCACUUCACUGAAGUUCCAGACCUUCAAGGUUUCAUUUCAAAAUAAUUAUUUCUUUCUACUUUCUCACAGAAUUAUGUUUGUAUGUUGCUCUCCAGGCAGGAGGGUGUGUGUGUGUGUGUUUCAGUCCUUUUGUCCUUUUUAAUUGCUUCAUGACAUGGAACAAAUAUGAAACUUGAAUGGAAAGUAUUUUUUAAAGAAUUAUUUAUCAUGCGUACAAUGAAUAAACAGAUUUUUUUUGUAAA